AUGAAGAUCUUCAUAUAUCUCGCCACCCUCCUCCCCCUCACCCUCGCAUUAACCCAAAUCGAGACCUUCACCGAUGGCGCCUGCAACGGCGCCGGACAAAUUGUCACCAUCCCAGAUGGCGAAGCUUCGCAUUUCCCCAGCGGCUUCAACGCCUUCAAAGUGACAACCCUGGCCUCUCUUUACACAAUCCAACUUUUUCAGCCAUUGAGUGGCAGUGCGGAUCUGUAUCCUUGUCAUCAUCUAGAGUAG